AUGCGACUGUGCGCUCUGAAAAAGGAGUGGCGGCCGCUUCCGGCGACGUACGGCGGCUCGUCUCUGAGUGGGGGCGGCGCGGGAGGCGGCCUGGCGGCGGGUCUGCUGGGGGCGGCCGGGGGCGGCGCGUGCCUGGGCGGCGCGCUGGGCGCGGGCGCGGGCCCCCACUCCGAGCAGGAGACGCUGGAGCUGCGCAAGAUCAAGAAGGUGCAGAGCUUCUUCCGCGGCUGGCUCUGCCGCCGCCGCUGGAAGCAGAUCGUCGAGCAGUACAUCAAGUCGCCGCACGCAGAGAGCAUGCGCAAGCGCAACAGCCUGGUGUUCCGCAUGGUGGAGGCUGAGGAGGAGUACAUGGAGCAGAUGGAGGUGCUCGUCUCGUGCUUCCUGCGGCCUUUCAAGAUGGCGGCCAGCUCCAAGAAGCCUCCCUGCUCGCACGAGGACGUCAACUCCAUCUUCCUCAACAGCGAAACGGUGCUCUUCCUGCACCAGAUCUUCCUCAAGGGCCUCACGUCGCGGAUGGAGAGCUGGCCCACGCUCGUCCUGGGCGACCUGUUCGACAUGCUGCUGCCGAUGCUGAGCAUCUACCAGGAGUACGUGCGCAACCACCACUACAGCCUGCAGGUGCUGACGGAGUGCAAGCAGUCUGCGCCGUUCGCUCAGCUGCUGGCGCGCCUCGAGAACAAGCCGGCGUGCCAGGGCCGCUCGCUCGAGACCUUCCUCACCUACCCUAUGCACCAGGUGCCCAGGUACAUCAUAACGCUGCACGAGCUGCUGGCGCACACGCCCCACGACCACGUGGAGAGGAAGAGCCUGCAGAACGCCCGCCAGCAGCUGGAGAACCUGUCGCGGCAGAUGCACGAUGAGGUCAGCGAGACGGAAAAUCUGCGCAAGAACCUGGCUGUAGAACGAAUGAUCGUCGAGGGCUGCGACAUCCUACUCGAUGUGAACCAAGUAUUCGUCAGGCAAGGUAGCCUCAUACAAAUACCUUCUGACAAACCCAAGUCAUCACGAAGCCGUCUGACCAAUUUCAAGAGCGAGAAGGAAGCUCUCAGGCAGUGUUUUCUCUUCUCCAAUCACCUGAUCCUUGCCACAAGGACAUCAGGUGGGCGGUUACAUCUUGUUCCAGAAAUUGGAAAAAUUCCUCUGGCAGAUGCAAUCCUUAUUGAAGAUCCCAGUGAACAUGGUGCAAAUGAUGAUGAUGAGUCAUCGGUGUGUUCCAUGUCAAGCCAGUCAAGUGGUAUUAGUGAGACCUCAGGCAGCAGCGUUCACUGGCACAAUCGAGAUUUCAAGAUAAUCCUGGAUAUGAAAACAGGCAACCAACAGCCAGUGACUGUACAUUUGGUUGCCCCUAACAUGCAGGAAAAGGCAGCAUGGAUUAGUGACAUCAGCCAGUGCAUGGACAACGUUCAUUUUAAUGAUCUCUUGCACAGUUCAAUGUCAGACACAUCUUCUGUCACAAUGCCCCAGUCCAUCAAGAAUGAUCCCAAAUUAUUCAAAGAUGAUGUUGACAUUCGCUUCAGCCGAACUCUUAAUUCAUGCAAGGUACCACAGAUCCGGUAUGCUACACCUGAGAGACUAUUGGAGCGUUUAACUGAUCUCAGAUUCCUAUCCAUAGAUUUCCUAAACACCUUUUUGCUUACAUACAGAGUUUUCACAGAUGGGGUAACUGUUCUUGAAGCAUUGAAGAAGGUGUUUUAUAAUUCAGAUCCACCUGAGGCACAGACAGCAGUGGGAUCAGUGAUGUCACUGGACGUUCUGAGUGGCAGGGAUGAUCACACCACACUUCAUCAUUAUGAUGACCGCAGGAGAAGUAGCUUCUCACCACGAAGGACCAGUGGGGCAAGUUCAGUCUCCGGUUAUGGUUCUGAAAUGAGUGAUCGUGACCGUGACCGUAGCCACAGUUAUGAUUCACAAGGUUUUCCUAGGGGUCACUGGAGAUGCAGUCACCGCAAAUACUCCCAUGUAUCAACUGAAGAAGACCAACAGCAGAGAGAGCUGACACAGAUUAAAGAAGCCCCAGCAAUUGUUAAGCAGAGUCCUACACAACAACAGUCACCAUCUCCUAGUUCUACUCCUCGUAAAAGUGUUAGUAUUCGUGUUGAAUCUGAAGAUGAUGGAAAACAUUUAACCAUUCCUAAAACUAUUGCUGUGUCUUCCAGUGCUGAGACAUUAACAGACAACACAGUAGUCAGUGCACCUUCUUCACCAAGCAACCUGAGUACUGUGACACUAGUUGGCUCCAGUAAUUCGGAGCCAAGUCCACAAGAGGUGGACAGUACUCAACAGGGAACUCAGGAGGAAGAAUCUAUCACCACACCACCUACAGAGAUGGAUACAGCUGCUAUUGUAGAUCCACAGGCUGGGAGUGGUGUUGUAGCAGACCCACCAACACCAACUCCUCCACCACCACAACCUGCACCACCUCCACAGACAGCAAGGAGAGAAUCACAGUCAGAACAACAGAAACUGAAAGCUCAGUCAAAGCGCAAGGGCUCUUCCCAACAACAGCAGCAGGAUCAAUCCGAUGAGUCUGGUAGCGAAGCUCCACCUAUACCACAGGACCAUAGAGCAUCCACAUGUUCAUCCAGAUCUGCUUCAAUCACGACUGGUGUCAUACAGAGUUAUUACACAGGCCGCCGAUCCAUGCAGCAAGAUACGGAUUGUGGUGGAGGCAGUGCCUCACAGAGAGCCAGUUUCCAGCAUGAUUCUCCACAGAAUUCAAGCAAGGCAGGAGUAGUCAUCACGUCAUUCAGACAAUCACAGAGAAGCAUCAGACCAGAAGUAUUGUGGAGCAGUACUUCAACAGCAGCAGCUGCAUUUGCCAUUGCAACUUCAGCUUCAAGUAACCCCAGGGAUCAUGCCUCACCACCAUCGGUAAUCAAAGGCACCUCUGGAAGCUGCCGUGAACGUAAUCGCAGGAAAGAGUCGGUCAUGUCGACUGCUGCCACCAUGCGUGUGCUUAAUGUGCUUAGGCACUGGGUAUCAAAGCAUGCACAGGAUUUUGAAAAUGAUCAGCGUCUCAAGAACCUUACAAUUGAGUUUCUUGAUGAUAUCAUCUACAGUCCAAAUCUACUACCUGCUGAGCAUAAAGCAGCUUCUCAGCUUCUGAGACUUAUAACAAAAGAAGAACCUGAAAGUAGUAAGGUGGAUCUUGAUCUGCUGCUUGCACCUCCUAUGACACCAAGUAAAGAAAACAUAGAAACACUUUCAGCUCUUGAAAUAGCAGAACAGAUGACAUAUGUGGAUCAUCAGAUAUUUAUUUCGAUUUCAAGCGAGGAAUUUCUGGGGCAAGCAUGGAUGAAAACCGACAAAGCGACGAAGGCACCACAUAUCCUACUCAUGACUAAGAGAUUUAAUGAGGUGUCACAGUUAGUUGUAUCUGAAAUCAUUCGACGCUCAAAUAUGACUGCAAGAAUUCAAGCUAUUGAGAAGUGGGCCGCUGUAGCUGAUAUCUCACGGUGUUUACAUAACUUCAAUGGUGUUCUGCAAGUCUGUGCAGCCUUUACCAACAGUUCUGUAUUCAGACUGAAGAAAACUUGGGAGAAAGUCUCAAAAACAACAAAACAAACUAUUGAGAAACUACAAAAUAUUGUGUCAUCAGACGGAAGAUUUCGAAAUCUGCGGGAUGCAUUACAUCGAUGUGAUCCUCCCUGUAUUCCCUAUUUGGGCAUGUACCUGACAGACUUGUCUUUUAUUGAAGAGGGAACACCAAACUUCACAGAAGAUGGUCUGUUAAAUUUCUCCAAAAUGAGAAUGAUAGCACAUGUCAUACGGGAAAUCCGUCACUUUCAACAGACACCGUAUAAAAUUGAGCUUAUAACAAAGGUGACAAAUUAUCUGUUGGAUCCUUCUUUGCUUCUUGAUGAUGAUGAAUUAUACAGAAUUUCUUUGGAAAUUGAACCUCGUACAUCAAGACUGAGCUCUGCAGCUCUUGCACAGCUGCCAUUGUCACAGACACCUCCUCGCACAUAA